AUGUGGCAACAGCGGCAAUUUCUUGGGCUGAUUUUCGUCGCAAUUACGCUGCUGUUGAACGCGGCCGUCGCUGUUCCUCCACCGACCGACUACGAUACUGUUUUCUCCUACAACCUCAGCUCCUCCGUCACUCCUUGCAGGAUUUGGAUUUUCCCGUGUCUGGGAGGUGUCUACCAGUGCUCUAGUCAGAAUAUCUAUGCCGGGUCCUUCAUAGGGCCCCAGCCUGCCUGCCCAACUCUACAGAACGCGACAGCUACGCCACCCCCUGGUGUCUGCUCGCUCGCCAACGAUAGCUGUGCCUUUGUUCCCGAUGCUCCGACUUGCGUUUCCUGGUUCAGUAACUGUGACCGCCAGUACAGCUGCACCACGGAAGAGGGAUUUACUGCCGCUGUGGAGGAAGGACAAGACUGCUACCCCAUCACCCCCAGACCACCUAGCCCCAACUCUGUCUGUGUCCCUGCGGAUGGCUCAUGUGAAUGGUACAAUCCCUGUCACACGUGGCAAGGCUGGUGCAACGGAGCCUACCAGUGUGGUACUGUGGAAGCCUAUUCUUUCUUUGUGAACGGUCCACAGCCUCUGUGCGUGCUUCCUCCAGAGAACGCCACUCAGCCGGUGCCUGCAGGAGAGUGUGUGUAUCAGGACGGCCAGUGUGCGUGGUCAGAGUGUGUGUCUUGGAGGAGCCCCUGUCAGACGAGCUGGGAGUGUGGCUCCGACUACGAACACAGAGUAGCCCAGUCCCAGCCUCUACCGCCUUGCCCUGCACCACCUGGACAGUUCAUCGCCUCCACCAGAACCAGGAGUCUGUCAGAUUUCGCCGGAGUCUCAAUCGUGUGAAUUCCUCGGAGAACCUGAGUGUACCGGAGGUCAGGUGUAUACCACGUGUGGAACACUGUGCCCUCGAACCUGCGAGAACUUCCAGCUGGACUUUGCCUGUACCAGCGAGUGCGUCCGCGGCUGUUUCUGUCCCGACGACACCGUCCUUCACGACGGACAGUGCAUCCCUUCCUGGCAGUGCCCCGGAGAAAAUCCCUGCUAUUUGGUUGACUGUGCCCCUGGUUACGAGUGUCUUGUCUACGAGGCUACUGGGGAAGCUUAUUGUUCUCCUAAUUGCGAGGAGCUCAACCCAUGUGCUCCUGACGAACUGUGUGUACUGACAACUGUUACUGCAUCCGUGCUCCCUGUCCUCCUAUACUCUCUUGUCAAGGCCAAUGUACAGGAGGGAGGGAGUGGCAGGAUUGUGGGACUGCCUGUCCUCUGUCCUGCAGCAACUAUACCACAGAGGUGGUGUGCACUGAGCAGUGUGUGCGGGGCUGUUUCUGUCCGUAUGGGUCCUACAUACACGGAGACGGAUGUGUCCCCAUCACGGAGUGUCCUGGUUACACUUCCCAGUGUGCUCUGAUACUGUGUCCUGCCGGCCACGUCUGCGUGGACGACGGUACAAGUGAUGCCUAUUGUGACCCGUCGUGCGACCCAGCACAUCACCUGUGUGCCGAGGGAGAGAGAUGUGAGCUGAUCGACCAAGACUGCCACGGCAGAGCUUCCUGUCCUCACGCCUACAGGUGCACCGAAGGGUGUACUGGAGGGAAGGUGUGGACGGAGUGUGGUACAGCGUGUCCAGAGACGUGUGAUAACUACGACAUACCUAUCGCCUGCACGCUGCAGUGCGUCACGGGCUGCUUCUGUCCUACUGGCCAAGUUGAACUCAACGGAGGGUGUAUUGAUCCCACACGGUGCAGUGCCUGCAACUCCUGCAAGGAAGGAGAGGUCUGUUCAGUUGUGGGUGAGAGUAAUGGUGCUCGCUACCCCAUAUGCAAAGGCCCAACUACAGUUCCAUGUUCUGGUGGUUCUGGGGAGCCCCAUUUUUCCGCUUGUCCUGAGGACUAUCGCUGUGUGACUCACAACACAACUAACAUUCGCUACUGUCUCCAGUCCUGCUACCUGGAGAACGGAGGGUGCCCUCCUGAGCAGGUCUGCUACUACGAGAGGAAAGAUGAGGACUGCAACCAACUCCUGGAGCCUUGCUUCAAGACGGCAUGCACCGAUGUCCCUGAUGUAGUUGCUGAGGAUGCUUGUCCGAUUGGAUGGGAGAACAACGAAUGUGCCAGUGCUUGCCAGAGUACUUGUGAAGACUACCUGAACCCUCGGAUAAGGCCAUGCAUAGCCGUGUGUGCUAAAUGCCAGUGUCCCUACGGGAUGGUUGUGUUCAGAGACCGUUGUGUUGAUCCACUGGAGUGUCAAAUACUACUGAACGAAUCUAUACCGCUAAAUCCUCUACCUCAGCCUGAGAGCGUGCUGCUGGUUCAGUUUGCACUGGUCGGAGUAACGCGUGAUACGGUGGACAGUGCCGGGUUUGCUACGUCUGCACGGAACUUGUUGUCGAGAGAGGGAGUACACGUGCAAGUGGAGGUCUAUGCCGUGCUCGAAGAGAAUGGAAACACUGUGGUUGUGCUGAAGUUUAGAGCUGAUCGUGAUCAGUUAAGCUCUGUCGCCAACUUGCUGAUGGACAAUAGUGAUGCACUGAGUACUAAGGUUUCCUCUGCAUCUGUAGUGGCCACUCCCCAGCAAGAGGAAGAAGAGGAUGACGAUGGCGAUGAUGUUUCUGCCGGUGUAAUCGCUGGCUCUAUAGUGGCUGCUGUCUUCACGAGUUCAGUAGUGAUAUUGGUUCUUGUGAUCAUCGCCGUGCUGGUUGCGAGGAGCCCAAAACUGAAACAUGUUCACGUUCCACUUGACGAAAAGGAAAAACCUCUUGAUGGUCUGAGUUACGCGAGUUUGGUAUCCAAAGGUACUGAGAAUGACUAUGAAAUUUCUUAAACGAUGGAGACUCCACAAUUUUUUAACCCAUGCUGCUGCACAUAUCUCGUAAAAUACGUUGCCAUUCUUUUUAUACCCAGCUACGUGACGUACUUACGUAAUUUCAUGUAAUCACGUGAAUGUUCCAGUUUUUACCAACUGUAACUGAUUUAAAAUGUGUAUGUUUCUACAUCUAUCAACUGAAAAGAGUUUGUACCACUAAGCUAGCUAUAUUUACGAAAGUCUUCUGCGGGCAAGAUUAUACUUCUUUGAGAUUUAAGUUGACCUGUUGGUACCUUUGAUUGACCUCAUUGUCAGGAAUGAGAGGCAACCUCUCUUGCUGCAUCUGAGGCCUCCUGAUGGUGGCGUAGCGGAUGUAGAUCAGCAUAAACACCACUGCCAAUGCCGUCAGUGUGCCAGCGAGCCCCAGAAUGACCAUUCCCGACAGCACCCCAUCCGAGAGCCCUUCUUCUUCAUUGUUGUUGGUAGUCAUGAUAAUAGUGUCCCCUCCGCUUCCAGACUCAAAGAUUGAGAUUGAUACGAUGUCGAAACUGUAAGUGGCGAAGAAAUCCUGGUUUCGUGAGAUCAGCGAUGAUAUGUAGACUGCCACUGCGGCCGCUGUG